AUGGAAAGAAAAGGACCCUCAACUCUACCGUGUUCAGUUGUUAAAAGGCCCAUUCUUAACCCACUUGAAACAUCAUACACUCAUACCCGGGGCAUAACCUACCCCCGAAAAACCUCUGGCAUGAAGCUGGUCUUCACGGUCACGACCUCCGCCCUCCUGGUGACGGUCCCCGUCAUCGCCUCUCCCAUUACUCCCAACACCGCGGCCGGCGAGAAGGACACCGUCAUCGUUAGUGCCACAACCAUUUCCAACAUCAUGCAUCCUACCACUACGACUAUUAGUCUUCGACCUGAGGUAUCAGAGACUGCUGAGAAGUUCGAUAAGAACGUUAAUGAGUCUGACAAGUCUGACGAGUCCGAUUAUACCACGUCUGACUCUGAACAUGCGAUCUCUGGCAAGGAUGCCUCCUCUUCUUCCGAGUCUCACCUGAACUUCCUCACCCGCCGCAACGGUCUCCCGAAAGGGCUCCACUGCGCUCACCACGGUGCUUUGUGGUUCGCCGGCUGCAAAAACAAGGACCCCAACGAUUGCUGGUGUAACUACGUUAAGGCGUGGAGUGUCACUUGGCAUCGCGAAAGGCCUGUUCGUGAUAGCGACGGCCAACCUUACAUAAAACGGGGGUUAAAUAGAACGGUCUGCAAUGGCACGGAGAGAGGAGCGGGGAGGAUGGAGAUGAAGCAGGUGGACAAACUCAAAGCUCGUGACGGGCCCAAUGUGGUGUAG